GUGAGUUAAAGAUUUGUAUAGUGAAUUGAAGGUUUAUAUAUUUAAAAUGUAUUUCAGUAAAGAUGUAAAAAUCUGAGUUUAAGAAUUCUGAAGUGUAUUUCUAAUUAUACGGUAGCAUGUUUUGUAUACUGUACCAACGUUUUACUUAGUCUUCAUUUUUCAGACGUUGCUGGAAGGCUGACGAUUAUUACCUUGAUUUACGAAACAAUAAAAUCUUUCUGCUAAGCAAAAUAAAAUAGUUUCUGCAAAUGAGCUUAUACAGACAACAAUGCAUGCGAAAAUGGUAUGGAUGUUUAAAUCAGAAAAUUCUAGUUUCGCCAGAAUUUCUGGAGAGAUAAAUAGGCUUUUUGGUUGAUGAUCUUCUCAAGAAGGAAAGAAGCAGAGAGCAAAAUGUACCUAUCAUAUGAGAGGAGGUACAGGAGUCUGAAGGAACCUAAAACACGUUUUAGGAACAGUUUUCUAUCUCCCCCCGCCCCGCCCAGAUUUAUGAACAAUUCCUGCACCCAGGAAACUAACUCAUUCUGCAGUAUUAAUCUAAUUUGUAAUUUCAGCGAUUGUUAUGUCUUUGCAUUGCCGCAAAACAACAAAUUUCACAUAUUUUAGUUGUAAUAAUCCUGAUUCGAUUCAGUUGGAAUAUUCUGUGACAAGGAAGGUAGAGACCUGUGGAGAGAGAAAUUAAUUUAAAAAAAAUCAACUAGAAAAGUAUUUUUCCCACCGCACAAUGGUGCCGGCUGGCUUGAAUCUGUUUCUAUUUCAGACUCCUUUCACAAAAUCUCCUUUCACAAACAGUAAAGAUGGUAAGGUGGAAACUUUUGUUCCAUCACGGGGGGGUUUUGAAGUGGGUGCACAACAUGUGUUCCGUCCAGUUGAACCGUCCCCCUCCGUUUCUUGGCAACCAUGGCGGCGGCAGACACCCUGAACUUCAACAUUGGGGUCCUCGGACACAUUGACAGCGGCAAGACCGCACUGGCUCGGGCGCUGAGCACCACGGCGUCCACGGCGGCCUUCGACAAGAACCCGCAGAGCAGGGAGCGCGGCAUCACGCUGGACCUGGGCUUCUCCAGCUUCUGCCUGGCCGCGCCGCCGCAUCUCGGGCAGCCGCAGUACUCCAAACUGCAGGUCACGCUGGUGGACUGCCCGGGCCAUGCCUCGCUGAUCAGGACCAUCAUUGGAGGUUCACAAAUUAUUGACCUGAUGAUGUUAGUCAUUGAUGUGACAAAGGGGAUGCAGACGCAGUCAGCAGAGUGCCUUGUCAUCGGUGAAAUUAUGUGUCCACGGAUGGUGGUGGUCCUGAACAAGAUUGACCUCCUUCCAGAGGCAAAGAAACAGGUGUUGAUAGACAAAAUGACCAAGAAAAUGCAGAAGACACUGGAGAAUACAAGGUUUAAAGGGUGUCCCAUCAUUCCUGUUGCUGCCAAGCCUGGAGGACCAGACGCUCCAGAGACAGAGACUCCACAAGGCAUUUCAGAGCUCAUUGAGCUCCUGAUAUCGCAGACGUACAUGCCAAAACGUGAUCCCUCUGGCUCUUUCCUCAUGGCGGCUGACCACUGUUUCUCGAUCAAAGGUCAGGGCACCGUGAUGACAGGGACCAUCCUUUCUGGGUCUGUCAGUGUCAACGACAGCGUGGAGAUCCCCGCCCUCAAGAUCAUCCGUAAGGUCAAGUCCAUACAGAUGUUCCGUAAGCCGGUGAACAUCGCCAUUCAAGGUGACCGGGUGGGGAUCUGCGUCACCCAAUUUGACCCCAAGCAGCUUGAGCGCGGUCUGAUCUGUUCCCCUGAGUCCCUGUGUACCCUCUACGCUGCUGUUGUUUCUGUGAAGAAGAUCCCAUAUUUCAAAGGACCAGUCCACACCAAGGCCAAGUUCCACAUCACUGUUGGCCAUGAAACUGUCAUGAGCAGGGUAAUGUUCUUCAGCCGGGCUCCAGAGGAUUUUGAUGCUGAGCCUGUGAUGGAUAGUUUUGACUUUGACAAGGAGUACCUUUAUCAGGAAGAAUACUUGUCGCCAGGCAAAGACGACAGUAUCGAUGGCCAAACUGAGGGAGCCCAGGCCCCCAGACAGCAGUGGGCCCUGCUCGAGUUUGAGAAGCCUGUCGUAUGUCCCAAGCUGUGCUUGGUGAUAGGCUCCAAGCUCGACAUUGACAUCCAUACCAAUACCUGCAGGCUCGCAUUUCAUGGGGUCUUGCUGGAAGGCUUUGAGGAGAAAAACUAUGCUGAAGUGUCUCUACCUAAGCUGAAGGUUUUCAAGUCAAAGUGUAAAGAAGGACAAGUGGAAAGGGUCUCAGAUGAUUACAGUGUCAUUGGCCGUUCUCUGUUCAAGAAGGAGACCAACAUUCAGCUGUUUGUCGGAAUGAAGGUCAAACUGUCAACGGGUGAAGUUGGAGUGAUCGACGGGGGCUUCGGCCAGAGCGGCAAAUUCAAAAUCCGAGUUCCAGAUGGGUUAAGCCCAGAGGCCAAGCUGCACCUUGCACUGACCAGCAAGAAAAAAGCCAAGGGUGCACGGGGCGACUCAGCCAAGGCAGAGGAAGAGAAAAGCGAUGCACAGCCCAUAACCAUCACCUUAGCCUUUAAGAGAUACCUAUUCGACCCGCAGAAAAAGAUGAUUCAGUCUUAAAAGUAUUUCUUUUCGAAGGAGGAUUAUUGAAAGGUGGGAUUAGAUUUAAAACCUCCUUUAAAGUUUCCUUGCCUUAAAGUUCGAUUCUGGGGUGCGUUUAACCAUUUUUGAAGGAAUAAAAUUAAAAUUAAUCCCUUUUGAUUGCUGAAAGAUCUGUUUAAAAAACACUUAUUAUUUUUUCUGAUGGGUUGGUUUUUACUUCCAGCUGAGUACGCAGUUCACAGACAUUGUCCACUGACUGUUCUGACUGGUGAUUGAAUGUACUACCUCAGCUACACCAGCUUUGGCAAGGGAAUGCGAACAUAAUCUCUGGAAUGCUCCAAACACCACUGCUUGGGGAGGGCUUGCAAAGUGUAGAUGGGUCAUAUCCAUACGCAGCAGGGACUGUGGACCGGCACGGUAGUGUAGUGGUCAGAAUAAUGGUAUUACAAGAGUUCAAUUCCCGCCACUGUCUGUAAGGAGUUUGUACAUUCUGGCCGUGACCUGGGGGUUUCCUUCGGGUGCCCCACUUUCCUCCCACAUUCCAAAGACGUAUAGGUUAGUGGCUUAAUUGGUCACAGGGUGUAAAUGGGCCAGUCGGGUUGUUUAGAGCCUGUUAUAGUGCUAAUACUAAUAAUAUAAAAUAUAAAUUGUCCAAUGUGCCAGCAAGUCUCCAGUGAGAGUGGAACAGGAGUUAACACCAGCAAAAGAAGAAAGUUAAAGCAAAUGGUUAAGCAAGGGGGAAAGGGGAGAGGGGGAGGGCAAAAGCCAGAAAAAAUGAAAUGCAAAUGGGUUGGGAGGGUUGCUCUCAGGCUGAGAACUGAAACAAGAUUCAAAUUCAGCUCUGUUUAUCAGAUAUACAUCGAAACUUGCAGUGAAAUGUGUCGUUUGUGUUAGCAACCAACACACCCACAUUCCGGCACCACCACAGCAUGCCCAGCACAACACAACAAAACAGAAUAUACCAAGCCAGAAAGCAACAACAGCAAAAUAAGCCCUGUUCCUCCGUCCCAGCCACCCACCCGUACACACACACACACACACACACACACACACACACACACACACACACACACACUCACACACACACACUCACACACACACACACACUCACACACUCACACACU